AUGUCGGAGCCGCCGCCUUGCUACCGUCGUCCAAGCGAACUGAGUGACGACACUCUACCUCCGUUCAGUCCAUCACAUGCAUCGCUAUCACGCCGUUGGAUUUUACGACAAGAUUCCGCCGCUGAUUCAUCAUCAGAGCCAGCACCAAGCUACCAUCCACCGCUAGCAACUGAUCUAGUUGCAGAUCGAGUGCCAUCUGUGACAAAACCCAGUGCACAUGUCAACUGGUCGGCUGAACCAGAUUUGAUUGAAGAGAAUCCUCCUAUUCCUGUGGGGUUUAUAUCUCUACGCGUUAAAACAGGUGAUUUUGAAAAGGCAGGUAGUGGUGGUGGUGGGUCUGGAGCUAGUGCUUGGGAUGUAGAAGAUGACAAUUCUGAGGAUCCAAACACCUUGAAACCAACCAUGGGAUGGCUGUCAGGCGCCAAUCAAUGUAUUGGGCUGAUGGUUGGAUCGGGCAUCUUUGCAACACCAGGAAAAGUAGUUCGAUAUACUGGAAGCCCUGCUAUGGCUCUCGUCGUCUGGGCGUUUGGUGGCAUAGUUAGCCUGUUUGGAGCUAUGUUGUAUAUUGAACUCGGUUGCAUGCUUCCACAAUCAGGUGGUGAACAAGCGUAUCUGGAUGUUCAAUACAGGAAGCCAAGAGCUUUGGUGUCUUUCAUUUUCUGUUGGGGCAUGAUCUUACUGAAUCGACCUGGUGGAGAAUCUCUUGACUGUAUGAUGUUUGGUCAAUACUUGCUGUUCCCAGCCUACGGUUCCAUGGAACUUGUUCCUCGAUUGCUAAAAUUGGCAUUGGCUAUCACUGUUAUUACAAUUAUCACCGUUUUGAAUAUCCUUUCAGCAAAAUGGGCUAUUCGAAUUCACGAUUGUUUGACUUUUGUCAAGAUUGGAAUGUUGUUGGCUGUAAUAUUUGCCGGUAUUGUUGUCGCUACUGGAUUGACCUCAGUUCCAGUAGCUAAAGAUAAUUGGGAAAGGUUUUUCACUCCUGGUGACUUCAUAACGCCCCAGUCUCUUGCUCUUGCACUCUUCAAAACUCUUUGGACAUUUGAUGGCUGGAACAAUCUCAACUAUUCAUUGGGCGAGUUGAAAGAUCCAGUCAAGAAUCUGCCCAGAGCUACAACUUUUGGAGUGUCAAUGGUAGUCAUUCUCUACAUGUUUGCAAACACAUCGUAUUUGCUUGUCUUGCCACAGGCGGACAUGAUUGCAGCCGAAGAGCUCGUAGGUGGUGUCUUCUUCAAACGCAUAGCCGGUAACAUUGCUGGGGGUAUAGUGUUUCCAAUUCUAGUGGCUUUCUCUGCCUUUGGAGGCGUCUGUGCCAUGGUGUACUCUGCAUCCCGAGUUAUACAGGCUGCUGGUGUUGCUGGAGUUCUCCCGUUUUCUCGGUUCUUGAAACGAGUACAUCCAGUGACCAAGACACCCGUCAAUGCCUUGAUAUUCAAUUGGUUUGUGACUUGUAUCAUGAUCUUAGCUCCACCACCUGGAGCAGCGUACAAGUAA